UUUUCGUGUUUCCUUCUGAGUAGCUAGCGGCACAACCGGUGGAUAAAGUGAGUUGUCAUGGUUCGUAGGCUGUAACUGAUAUGGGACCCUCUCAAAACAUGACUAGUGUGUAAUGCUGAGAUGGAGCCUGCCAGCCUUGGGAGCGCGAGCACGGAAGAAGAGCGGCCUGACAUGGGGUCCCUCAACAACCAUACACACCCUCACACAGGUGUUGAAGACCAGACUGAGCCCUCUGCUCUAGAGAACCACGUGAUGAUGGACGAGCACCAAUCAAAAACGACUGGCCCUGACGACGACAUCACCAUCACCACGGCAACCCAACAACCAGAGCCGCCCCUCGGCCCCAGCCCCAGCCCCGCCCACCGCCUGCCCACCCCUGUCAUUGCCAUAGUAACAGACGGUUUGCUGGAGUCGCUGCCGGUGGAUGAGAACGGCGGCUCGGCGGGGAGUCACGACGGAGACGAACACGCGCACCUGUCCUCCGUCGACACACACCUGUCCUCUGACUCCCACUUGUCCGUGUCGGCGUCCGUCUCUGUGUCAGGGGAUGGGGACGGAGAGGGAGGUCUGGACUCGGCGUCGGGGGAGGAGACCAGUCAGGAAGACUCGGGAGAGUUUGUGGCCGCCAUGUUGGCACGCACGCGGCUGGAGGAGCAAGGGCUGGGCACCAAGGGAACGGACCUGUUGGAUGCUGGGCCCUCCCCUCCCCCUCCUGGGUCGCAUCGUGACGAGGAUGUGACGUCCGAGGCGUGGCGAGCGCACCGCAAGCACGUGUUCGUCCUGAGCGAGGCGGGAAAGCCCAUCUACUCGCGCUACGGCAGCGAAGAGGCGCUCUCAUCCACCAUGGGGGUCAUGAUGGCGCUGGUCUCAUUCGUACAGAGCGGAGACAACACCAUACGCUCCAUACAUGGAGAUGAGCACACGGUGGUCUUCGUUCAGCAGGGUCCGCUGGUCUUGGUGUGUGUGUCCAGCAGCGGCCAAACAGAGCAACAGCUGAGAUGUGAACUGAGAUACGUCUACCAUCAGAUCGUCAGCAUGCUUACACAGGCCAGUAUUGCGCGUAUCUUUGCCCAUAAGAAGAACUACGACCUGCGUCGGCUGCUGGCGGGCUCGGAGAAGAUCCUGGACGGCCUAUUGGACCUGCUGGAGAGGGAUCCCAGCUUCCUAUUGGAGGCCGUGCACUGCACGCCGCUCGCAUCAUCAACACGCGACGCUCUCAGCUCUAUACUGCAGAAGGCCAUCACGCCAAACCUUGUAUUCUCUAUACUCAUCGCACAGGGUCAGCUGGUGACUAUAGUGCAGGAGCGUACCGUGAUUGAGGACGCGCGCCUCCAUGCGGGAGACCUGCACCUCCUCCUGAACCUCGUCAGCGCCUCCUCCGCCUUCCAGGCCGGCGAGAUCUGGACCCCCAUAUGCCUGCCCUCCUUCAACCCAGACUGCUACUUCUACGCGUAUGUCUCGUACCUGGAUCCCCCGCUGUGCUCCGUGUGCCUCCUCCUCCUCUCCACGGAUCGCGAGGCCUUCUACGCGGUGGCCGAGUGCAAACGGAAGAUCGAGGAGGCCAUGCUGGCCCAGAACGCCAUGACGAUGCUGGCUAAGCCCCGCCCCUACUCAGCGGCCCAGGUGGGCGUGGCCGACCUGCGACACUUUAUGUACAAGCCCUUUGAUGUCCCCGACAACCACAAGCAGCUCACGCAGUUCACCAGCCCUGAGAUGGAGUCUCCGUACUCCAGUGAGGCGGAGAGGACGCGACUACUAGACCUCUACAGAGAACUGCACGGAAGAAUACACAGCACAUCGCGGCCCCUCAAGCUCAUCUACCACGUAGCAGAGAAAGAAACACUACUAGCCUGGGUGACCAGUAAGUUUGAGCUCUACACCUGCUUCAGUCCCCUGGUGACCAAGGCAUCCUCUAUAAAUGCCAUCACUAAGCUUCUGCGCUGGAUAAAGCGCGAGGAGGAGCGGCUCUUCAUCCGCUACCCCCCCAAGUACUCCACCACCCCCCACCCCAGCCGCUCACGCAAGGCCCCCGAUCACCACGACAAUGCCACCGACAACGGCUUCCUCGCCCUGCUCUAGCUCUCUCCCUCUCCGGUGCCGCCCUGGUGGAGAUGGAAGGGGUGGGGCACCCUAGAGACUGGAGGGCGUAUGCACAGUCGGUCUACAAACAGCUGCCCCGCUGGCUAUUCGAGCCAUGCCUGCAGUUCACCCAGGGGCGCUGUCGAGCGAGCACAGACCAUUCGCUUGACAGCGCCCCUAGAGCGCAGUACCACCUGGAAAAGUCACGGGUUUGCACUCUCGUCAUAUCCAUAGAACACUGGAUUUUGGUGGAGAGUGUAGCGCACUCUAGAGACUGGAGGACGAAGGGGGUUGCGCACCCUAGAGACUGGAUAUGUGACGCCCUUCUACUUCCGGACCUUACUUUUUUUCUUUUUUUUUGACUCUCCAAGCCCCAUGAGGCGACUGGAAAGGGUGGAGACUUAGGUACCCCAUUGCUGGACACGGGGGGGUGGCGCAACCUAGUGCCUGGAGGGGUUAUUACAGAAAGGGGUUUGUGCAUCCCAAGUGGUCGGAUAUUGAAGGAGACUUGAGUGACCUGUAGGCAUGAGCUGUGACCAGUAACUUUGACCUCUGACCUUUUGACUCCUGAUCUGAUCAUCUCAUGAGCCCUAGUGAGCGGGGUGGGUAUUGCAGGAGGACCAGUGACCCUUAGGUGUGGGACCCGUCCCGCCCCUCCCUCUCUCCUCCUCUUUGUGGGGUUCUGUAUUUCCCGGGGUACCCAGAGACUCUCCGUUGUUUGACCUUUGAACUUCCACUCUACUGUGCAGGGCUUAGGUCUGGAUCCGCAGACUUCUCACUCUACUUUCCUCUCAGUUUUCAUCUUCUCAUCUCAUGUCUUCCUCUAUCUCCCUCUCCCU